GGCGAAUUUAAUGUUUGCUUCGUAUCAUAUAAAUAUUUCUUCUCUCUCUCUCACGAAUAUUUUUGUUUCAAAAAAUUAAAAAAAUUCACAAUAAUAUAAAUUAUUUUAUUUAAAUUUAUCCAUAUAAUUAUUAUACCAAGAUGGACAUUCUAAAGGCAGUAAUAAUGCAAAAACGUAAAGAAUUGGAAGAAAGUCAUGUUUUGGAGAAUAAUAAAAAAUAUUUUAAAAGGAAUCAAUUAAUGUCAAAGCAACAAGAAAUACAUGAAAUUGAUAAAGGAAAUAAUGAAGCUGCUCCAUCAAAUGAUAUUCAACAGUUAGAGGAAUCUGUAACAGACAGUAGUUCCGAACAUUUGCUAUCUAGACAAGAAGUAAUUAGACGAUUACGCGAACGAGGAGAACCUAUAUUAUUGUUUGGUGAAUCUGAGAUAGAAGCAUUCAAAAGAUUAAGGAAAUGUGAAAUUCUGGAGCCAGAAGUUAAUAAGGGCUUCAGAAAUGAUUUUCAAGAGGCAAUGGAGCAAGUAGAUCAAGCAUAUCUCAACGAGAUCUUGACAUCUUCCAAAUCUCAAAGUCUCGAUGGGAAGGGAGAUGUAAAUGUACCUGACGAAGGCGUUACUUAUGAAGACAUAGAAAAAAUGUCGACUAAGUUGAAUAAGGGAGACAAAGAUUUUGACAUGAGUGUGAUCACUCUGUUUGUACAAUAUCUAGUCCAGAUGUGGGGCAAUCAGUUAAACAGUAGAUCAACGGCUGAAAAGAUGAGCACAAAAGGAAAAAUGAACAGUGCAACAUAUGCUCAAACAAGAGAAUAUUUAAAGCCACUUUUAAGAAAAUUAAAGAAUAAAUCUCUUCCAGAGGAUAUAACUGACAGUUUAACAGAAAUUGUUAAACAUUUACUACAACGUAAUUAUAUAUUGGCUAGCGAUGCCUAUUUGCAAAUGGCUAUAGGCAAUUCUCCAUGGCCCAUUGGUGUAACUAUGGUUGGUAUUCAUGCGCGUACUGGUAGAGAGAAGAUCUUCUCAAAGAACGUCGCUCACGUCAUGAAUGAUGAAACUCAAAGGAAAUACAUUCAAGCACUCAAGAGAUUGAUGACUAAGUGUCAAGAAUAUUAUCCUACCGACCCUUCACGUUGUGUAGAAUAUUCAAAAAAUUAAGUUUUUUUAUAAUAUAUAAAAUAAAGCAAGGCAAUAUAAAUAUUUGCAUGUGUAUAUGUACAUAUAUAUGUAUAAGUAUACCAUUAUUAUUUUAUUAUUAUAAACAUCCAGAUUAAUAUAGAUUACCAGAAAUCUUUUACAAGAUAAAUUUAUUACUAAAUUGUAGAGUAGUUUAUAGGAUAUAUUGUAUAUAUUUUUCGCAAUGAGCUAUACUGAUUUCUGAAAAAACAUAAGAUUUAUAUUUAUAUAAAAAUAAAACUUUGAAAAUUAUAGCAUA